UAUUUUAAAUCAAAACCCCAAUUUGAGAUUUCUUGGUUCUUGAAACACACAACACAAAAGUGCCCUUUUCAAAUCUUCUCUUAUCUCUUCUUCAUUGUGAGAUCUAGAAUCAAAAUCAAAUCUUUCUGUUUCUCAAUUCAAAAAAAUGGGAUCUUGUUUCAGCAAGAAGAGUGUUGCUUCUUCUCCAAUUCCUCUACCUGACCCACCAGUUCAGAUCCAACAGGAAAAGAAGAAGCCCCAAGAAGAGUCUUUCAAGAAGGAGAUCUUUAUUAUUAAACACCGAAUGAGCCACGAAAUCGAUAGGGAUACUACAGGGUCUGAGGAGGACAAGAAUGCUAAUGUUACUCCUUCGGUUUCGGAGAAUGGGAACAAUGUGGUGAUGUCUACUCCACUUAGGACUUCGAGUUGUACUAAAGAGGAGGUGGAUGCUAUUUUGAUUCAGUGUGGGAGGCUCAGUAGGAGUUCGACUGGGAAGGCGGUUUCGAGUGAGGGGAAUGGGAUUCAAAGGGGGAGGAAGUACUCGGGUUCUAAGAGGAGUUUUGAUUUUGAUUGUGAAGGUGGAGAUAGGAAUAGAGGGAAUGAUAUUGUUGGUGAUGGGGAUGGGGAUGAGGAGGCGAUUGCUGAUCGGAUUCAUAGGCAUAGGCAACGUCAUCGUGAUGGGAGUUCGUCUCCUCAUGGAAGGAGGAGAAGGACUUUGAGUAGAGAAAGAGGUGGGGGGAAUGGUGGUAGUGGUGAGAGGAGGGUGAGUAGGUCUCCGGGGAGGAGAUCUGAAUCACCGAUUACUAAUAGUAAGUCAGUGUCAGGGAAUGCUGGUGGUGGUGGUGGUAAUGGUGGUAGGCCAGGGAAAUUGGUGUCGGUGCCUGCUACUGUGUCUUCUGAUAAGGCUAAGAAUGGUGGGGGUGUGGUGGAGGCGACGACGAAUUCAGCUGCUGGUGUUAAGAGGGUUCAGGUGAAGAGGACUGUUGCAUCGCCUCGUGCAAGAUCUCCAGCUAGGACUAAUGUUAAGGCGUCUUCGAAUGAUGUUCAGAUAUCACUUAGCAGGAGUAAUUCUAGGAAGAAUGAGCAGUCGCCUUACAGAAGAAACCCUUUGAGUGAGACUGAUAACAAGUCGCCUUACAGAAGAAACCCUUUGAGCGAGAUUGAUAACAAUGUCAAUAAUCAGAAACCAAGUGUGCAAGGAAAUGAAAGCAAAAUUUAUGCUAAUAGAGGUACAAAGGAGCAGCAGAAGCAGCAACUUGAAGAAGCAAAAGGAAUGAAUGGCAAUGUGGCAGUGAAUUUGAUAUCCUCAGGCAAUGAAGGUCUUAAGCCUCAGUCACUGACAAAAAGCAGAUCAUCAAGGCUUUCUCGAGACCUUGAUAUCAAUCCCGAAGCUCUAUUGAAUCCAAACCCCUCCUAUACCUCAAUGUUGCUUGAAGACAUCCAAAACUUCCACCAAAAGACAGCUCCUACCCCUACCUCUGCUCCAGCUUUUUCUCUACCAGCUUGUGUCACCAAGGCCCGCUCAAUUCUUGAUGCAGUUGCUGACCUCAACUCGGGUACUAGUUCCAAUACAUCCAAUGCCUAUGUAGAAGAGAGAACAAGGGUUUCAGUAGCUGAUAAAUAUAAGAGGCAUGAGAGAAGCUCUUCUCUUGGAGCCAACAUUGUGGAAUCAAAGGUAGUUGUCAGCAAUGACUUAAUGGAGCCAAGCCUCCACAAGUACGUGACUGUAACACGAGGAGUGGCUAGAGAAGGAGAAGAUUUGGAAGAGCAAGAAUCAUCUGGAAGCAAUAGCUUUGUAGGCAGUCAACACCACUGGCUCUCCUCGUCCACAUGGGAACCUAAUUCAGCUGAUUCAAAUGAUUGCUAUACGUCUUCGAGAACAUAUGGCAGAGACACUGACUUGAGUCCUUUAGGAUCACAAAAGCAUGAAUUUUCUGAUGAGCCCCGGACAAGGGUAAGCGAGACUAAGAGAAAUUUUGAUAACCAGAGGACUGGAAUAGGGCGUGGAAGACUUGGUGGUUCCGCUAAAGGGCUUCCUUCAUUCCCUGCAACUGCAGCUGCUUCAACUUAAGUUUUAUCAGUUAAAUCACUUCAUUGUUGUCAUUUGUGUUGGGUUGCAAACUUGCAACCUUUGCUUGUACCUUUCAUUCCUGGUAUGAUAAUGUUAUUUGGUUUGUACUUUUACCAAAUGUUAAUAUGUUAUCAUGUGAUUUCUUGAAAUUUAACUCUUGGAUUUCAUUGA